AUGCGCCCUCCCACCAUUCUCACCGUCUUCGCCAGUCUCGUCACAGCCAAGUCUUUUACAAGCCCUCCUUUUGCACUAAGCCCCUACAUUCCAAUCACCGAAAGCGAUAACUGUAAAGGCAGAGUGAUUGACAGCAACAGCGGUGUCAAAUACUGUCUCGGUACAGGAUUCCUCGGCAACUGCAAAUACAAAGCCUACACCGAAGGGAAAUCGUGUAUUGACUUUGCCGACAUUGUCCAACGGCCCCGUUCUAUUGGUCCCGAUCCAGGCGGCUACUGCAUGUUGUUCAAAGAGAACGACUGCAAGGGAGAGCCUUUGCAGAUUUGGGAGAAGAGGGUGUUCCAAACAUUUAUGUGUCCGGGUAUCUCGAAGAUGGGUGGGAAGAAUGAGUGGUGGAAGAGUAUGAAAUGUGUGAAGAAUGAAAACUGA